AUGCACACAAAAUUUUUGGACUUCUGGAUUAGCCUCCAUAUGAUUCGAAAUCAGGUUUUGCAGUGGAAUGAAAUUUGGAUAGCUUGGUUUGAUUUUCGGUGGAGGUUGGAAAUUGAUACUACUGAAUCACAUGGUUUAGCUAACUAUCGUUGGGCGUUAAUUCUCAGCCGCGUCUUAUUUGGUUUAGGAAUUGGAUCUACUCAUCAGUCUUUGUCCAUGUAUAUAAAUGAGGUUGCUCCAUAUCAAUAUAGAAGAGUUCUUAAUAUGAUGUUCCAAUUGGUAACUACUAUUGGCAUCUUUGUUGCAAAUCUCAUCAACUACAUUGCUGCGAAGAAGGAGGAUGGAGAAGGGUGGCGUUAUAGCUUACNUUUUGAAAUUUUUCCUCUUGGUAUUUAUUNUUUAGNNAUANUUUAUCUUCCAGAAUCACCAAAUUUUUUNAUUGAACGUGGUCUUCAUGAGAAGGCUAAGAGGGAACUUAUUGAGAUUCAAAACACUACAGAUGUUGAGGAGGAGUUUAACGAUCUUGUGAUAGUAAAUGAAUGCUCCAGAGCAAUGAAAGACCCUUGGAUCUCUUUAUUAAAGAGACAGUACAGACCCCAACUUACAUUUGCCAUAGUCAUUCCCUUGUUUCAGCAACUCACUGGCAUAAAUGUGAUUAUUUUUUAUGCUCCUAUUUUGUUCAAGACCAUUGGUUUUGGAGCUCAUGCUUCUCUCAUGUAUGCCAUGAUCAUUGGAGGUUGCAACGUAAUUGCCACUCUUGUCUCCAUAUUCACUGUUAACAAGUUCGAUAGACGAACUCUUUUCUUAGAAGGAGGAAUACAAAUGUUUAUUUGCCAGAUCCUNAUAACCGUAGCAAUUGCAUGUAAAUUUGGACUUGAUGGAAAUGUAGAAAUGUUGCCAAAGUGGUAUGCUAUUGUGGUUGUGUGUGGCAUAUGUGUAUACGUGGCAGGAUUUGCAUGGUCUUGGAGUCCUCUAGGAUGGUUGGAUCCAAGUGAGAUUUUUCCAUUUGAAGUGCGUCCGACUGCACAAAGCAUCAAUGUCUUUGUGAACAUGAUAUUCACCUUUGUCANUGCGCAAAUUUUCACUACCAUGCUUUGUCACAUGAAGUUUGGAUUGUUCAUUUUCUUUGCAUGUUUGCGCAUUGUGAUGAACACAUUCAUUUACAAACUUCUGCCAGAGACCAAGGNCAUUUCCAUUGAAGAAAUGCAUGUUAUAUGGCAGAGUCAUCCUUAUUGGAAGAANUUUGUUAAACCAAUUGAUGUCACUAUUAGUNAUGAGUGUUAA